CCUUUGUGUCACCUCAAACGACAUAUACUCUUCUUUUCUUCUCUCUCUAAAUAUUUAUAUUUCAAGAAUUAAUUAAUUUAUUUAUUUUUUCUAAAAAAUGCCUGCGAUUGCUUUCGGACGGUUCGAUGAUUCCUUCAGCGCCGCCUCCAUCAAGGCGUACGUCGCGGAGUUCAUCUCCACCCUCCUCUUCGUCUUCGCCGGCGUCGGCUCCGCCAUUGCUUACAACAAGUUGACUUCUGACGCCGCCCUCGACCCGGCGGGCCUGGUGGCGGUGGCCGUCGCCGUCGGCGCUAACAUCUCCGGUGGCCACGUGAACCCCGCCGUCACCUUUGGUUUGGCUGUUGGUGGUCAGAUCACCAUCCUCACCGGACUUUUCUACUGGAUUGCUCAGCUCUUGGGAUCCAUUGUCGCUUGCUUCUUGCUCAAAGUUGUCACCGGCGGUUUGGCUAUUCCAACCCACGGUGUUGCUGCCGGUGUCGGAGCCAUCGAAGGAGUGGUGAUGGAGAUCAUCAUCACAUUCGCCCUGGUGUACACCGUUUACGCCACCGCAGCUGAUCCCAAGAAGGGCUCAUUGGGCACAAUUGCACCCAUUGCCAUUGGGUUCAUUGUGGGCGCCAACAUCUUGGCUGCCGGCCCAUUCUCCGGCGGAUCCAUGAACCCGGCCCGCUCAUUCGGCCCGGCCGUUGCCAGCGGUGACUUCUCCGGAAACUGGAUUUACUGGGUCGGACCACUCAUCGGCGGUGGGCUGGCUGGGCUCAUCUACAGCAACGUCUACAUGAACCAGGAGCACGCACCACUCGCAAGCGAGUUCUAAGUUGUUGGUGUGAUUAUGUAAUUUCUCUUUUCUUUGUGGUCCGAAUUGGAAAUUCCCUUGAAAUUAGUGCUUCUUUUGUAAUAAAGGAAGAAAGAGGAAAUUCAUUUUCUUUUUCUUUCUUUCUUUCUUUUUUUUUUUCCUUGAAAUUGGUUUGCAGCUGUAAAUCCAUUUCCUGGUGUAAUGUUGCUUUUUCUUGAAAUUGUUGGAGAUUGAAGCCGCUCUAUGGCCCCACUCUU